AUCAUACACACAUACAUACACACAUUGUGUCAAAUACAUAGCGACAUGACACUUCGAGAGUUGAACGCCUGUCAAAGUAUUGGAAUUUAUUGUCGAUGUAUAUCCUGUAAUUAACAUUGAAAUAUAUAAACGGAUGUGAAUUUAUUUCAUAGAAGUGUGCCGCACGUUUAUUAUUCGUUAUAAUUUUAUUCGUUAUCAUCGAAUGGAGUUCGUAAACACUUGAAAUUUAUAUAUUCUAACCUAUGCUAAAAUAAUUGUAUUCUUAGUCCAUACAUCAACGUAAGUAAAAGAAAAUGAGCUCGUGUAGCGUGAUUACGUCCGAUUUUGUGAAUGUAUCGAUCACAAAUUCCGGGCAAGAAUCCUGUUGCGUAGAGCGUCGAUUUCAGAAGGGAAUAACCAUCGACGAAUUUAAGGGUAAAUUGGAGCUUCUUACGGGUGGCAAUCCAGCUACAAUGACAAUUGAGGUCUACGAUAAGAAUGACAAGCUUAUCUGCAAGUUGGAGGAGGGACAGCGCCUUUUGGGAUCUUAUCCAAUCGACGAUGGUAUGAGAAUACAUGUCAUUGAUAAUUUCUCGUGCACUACAGAAGACUUAAACCGUGUGGAGAAGUUCGAGAUAUCCGAAGAGGAGUACGCUAAAAAAACAGAUACCGUUAAGGCGUUUCUGGAGAAGAAUAAGCUAGGAAAGUAUAAUGAGGAAGAAAUGAAGAAGAAAAUGGAGGAGAAGAAACGGGAGGAAGAGGCGGAGGAACGUUCAGCCAGUUUAUGUAAAGUCGGAGAUCGCUGCGAAGUAUCUGUCCCGAAUCUACCGAGACGGAGAGCUACUAUCUUAUAUGUUGGUAAAACUGAAUUUAAAGAAGGCUGGUGGAUCGGUGUCAGAUAUGAUGAACCUCUUGGCAAGAAUGACGGAAGCGUUGGUGGUAAAAGAUAUUUCGAAUGUCCAUCAAAAUAUGGUGGAUUUGUGAAGCCGAUGCACGUGAAUGUCGGAGAUUUUCCCGAAGAAGACUUUGACUUGGACGAAGAACUUUAAAACACCCAGCAUUAUUUCACUGAAUAUAUAUUUACAAUUUUUGAAUAUUCAAAAUAGAUAAAAUUGUAUAGAAAAUAGGCUUCAAAUUAAAUAAAGCACAUAAA